CGGUUGGGAACUGAGGAUUGGGAAACGCAAAUUAGAUUAUGAUGGUGAUUGAUUGAUUGAUGAUCGCCCGCCGACCGCCCGUUAUUCAUGUGAUAAUUCUGACGGCUGCGCACAUCUCGUCCGAGCAAGCGGGAUCGUAUAAGCUCGCAUGGCAAUCCCACCCUGUCGUGGCAGCUGCGGCAGCAAUUCUACCCGCGGAGCCUGUCUUUGGCCUCCAUCGACACACGUUCACGAAAAGCGCAUCCUGUUUCCCUGACUUCGAUCGCGCAUGUGCUCGUUCAGUGCGGCCAUAUCGAUACACGCACCACUCCGCGGGAUGUCAAACUGUUAAGUGUGGGAACAAUCAGGGGAAGUGUCGAAACCUCGACGACGAGGACUGCCCUGAAGGACAUCGGGGCUGGUCGCUCGACAAAUGAGGACCCGACGGGAUGGCCGACGGCACGGCCACCACUUCCUCCACCAACAGUAACAUAGC